UCAGAGAUUAAACUUGAAAAAUAUAGUUGGAAACCAUGGCUCAAGUUUUCAUUUUAACUGGUGCAUCCAAGGGGAUUGGUGCUGCAAUUGCGGAGUACAUUUUGUCAGCAAAUACAACCACCAAAUUGGUUGCCGUGGCAAGAUCAUCAACUCAAUUGGAUGCUUUGAUUGAGAAAUAUGGGAGCGAUAGAGUUAUUGCGAUUGUAGGAGAUGUCUCGGACGAGUCCACUUCACAAAGAGCCGUAUUAGGGGCAGUUGAAAAAUGGGGACGUGUUGAUUCAAUAAUAGCAAAUGCUGGUGUAUUAGAUCCCGUAGGACCAGUUUCAAAAUCUGAUGUGACUUCAUGGAAGAAAUUGUUCGAUAUUAAUUUGUUUGCAGUGGUUGAUUUAAUUGCUAAGCUGCUUCCAGAACUCCGUAAGAGUCAUGGAAGAAUUAUAGCAGUUCUGCUGGGUGCAUCCACCAAGUCUUAUGAUGGGUGGAGUGCGUAUGGAGCCUCCAAGGCUGCACUUAACCAUUUGAUUCAAUCUGUUGCUGAAGAGGAAAAGGGCGUUGUAUCUGCCAUUUCUAUUGCUCCCGGUGUGGUGGACACAGAUAUGCAAGUGGAUAUUAGACAGAAAUUUGGCGCUAAUAUGAAGCCAGAAGCAUUGAAAAGAUUCACUGAUUUACACAGUAAGGGAGAAUUACUCCCUGCCCUGGUCCCAGCCGCUGUAUAUGGUAAAUUGGCAUUGAAUGGAUGGGAUUCCGAGUUGAAUGGUAAAUACUGGAGAUACAAUGAUGAAGUGUUUAAAUAG